GAGGCCCUGGGAUUGGUAGGGCAGCUGGUAGAGGAGUACCAGCUGGUGUGCCAAUUCCCCAGGCCCCUGCUGGAUUAGCAGGCCCUGUCUGAGGAGUUGGGGGCCCGUCCCAGCAGGUAAUGACUCCACAGGGAAGAGGCACUGUAGCAGCUGCUGCUGUUGCUGCGACUGCCAGCAUUGCUGGAGCCCCAACACAGUACCCACCAGGACGGGGGGCUCCGCCCCCACCUGUCGGGAGAGCAACCCCACCUCCAGGUAUUAUGGCUCCUCCACGUGGUGUGAGACCACCCAUGGGCCCACCAAUUGGGCUUCCCCCUGCUCGAGGGACGCCAAUAGAUAUGCCCCCUCCGGGAAUGAAACCCCCUCCACCAGGCAUUAGAGGUCCACCUCCCCCAGGAAUGCGUCCACCAAGACCCUAGCAUACUGUUGAUCCAUCUCAGUCUCUCUCUCCCCAGCAAUGUGUCUUCUGAAAUUGUGUAGAGUGUUUGUGAGCUUUUUGUCCCCUUGUUCUGCAUGAAUAAUAGCUAAUAAUAAAUUCAUAGAGCAAUUUAAAAAAUGUG